UAUGGCUCCAGAGGUGCUCAAGCGGAACUAUGGACCAGAAAUAGAUAUAUGGAGUGCAGGAGUCAUUUUAUAUAUUUUGUUAUGUGGGGUUCCUCCAUUUUGGGCCGAAUCUGAACAAGGAGUUGCGCAGGCAAUCUUGCGAGGGGCAAUAGAUUUCAAGCGUGAGCCCUGGCCAAGUAUUUCAGACAGUGCUAAGAAUCUUGUACGUCAAAUGCUGGAGCCAGAUGCAAAGCUACGACUGACUGCAAAACAAGUACUUGAACAUCCUUGGCUUCAAAAUGCUAAGAAGGCUCCAAAUGUUCCUCUUGGAGAUAUGGUCAAGUCAAGACUUAAGCAGUUCGCACUGAUGAAUAGGUUUAAGAGGAAAGCUCUGAGGGUGAUUGCUGAUUUCUUGUCUAAUGAAGAAGUUGAAGACCUCAAUGAAAUGUUUGGCAAGAUAGAUACUGAUAAUGAUGGUAUUGUUUCUGUUGAAGAACUAAAAGCUGGACUUCAAAAGUUUAAUUCACAGUUGGCUGAUUCUGAAGUAAAGAUGCUUAUUGAAGCUAUUGAAACUAAUGGGAAAGGAACUCUGGACUACGGGGAAUUUAUUGCUAUUUCACUCCAUCUUCAGAGGAUGGCAAAUGAUGAACAUCUACACAGAGCUUUCUCCUUCUUCGACAAGGAUGGCAAUGGUUAUAUUGAACCAAAUGAGCUUCGGGAUGCAUUAAUGGAGGAUGGUUGAGAUGACUGUACCAAUGUUGUUAAUGACAUUUUCCAGGAAGUUGAUACAGACAAGGAUGGGCGUAUCAGCUAUGAUGAAUUUGCAGCCAUGAUGAAAACUGGGACAGAUUGGAGAAAGGCUUCUCGACAUUACUCAAGAGGGCGAUUUAAUAGUCUGAGUGUGAAGCUAAUGAAGGACGGGUCACUUAACUUGGGGAAUGAGUGAAGUUCAUAGGGCCGAAGUACUAAGUAUUGUAUCCAACUUGCAUUAUAUCAUACUUCGAUAUCUCGUUAUUGUUUGUGGGGUUCGGUUUAGAUUGUUAGUUUGCCUGGAUAAGAGACGACUCUGGUUAACCUCUUCAAAUUGGUAGUUUGAGUAAACCAAAUAGUUUAUCAGUGCUGGCACCCAAAAGUGUGAUUCUUUUCCUCUUGUCUGGACAACUGUUCUUGUUCAAGAAAAGUCUAGAAACUUGGUAGUAGAGCAUAGUUUUUAUGAAAGAA